UGGAUGGCCGAUCUGAUCGAUAGUUGGUGACGAUCGCUUCUGCCGAUUGUGCGCCUGUGAAUUCUGGCUGGUGAGUUUGAGUGUUCUUGUGUUUUAUUUCAUCUGCAACAACGAGAGAGAAGAAGAUUACAAACUAUUCUGGCGACAAGUUUGACCGGUUUGGUUGUUCCGGACAAGAUCAACGACUGCUGUCGGAAUGAAGCGAACGAUGGUGGUGGCGUUAUCAGGCGUUGCGUUGCUGCUCUUAGCGACGACCAGUGUUCGGGCCGCGGACGGAGAUUUGGAUGAUCUCAUCAACAGUCUGUUUACAAAAUCUCCCCUGGAUGUGGGUCCCACGGAAGCUCCACGUCCCCCAGCACCACCUGUCGGAGCCGAGUCGACUUGUGCCCCCGGACAACGCUGUAUUCAAAAAUACCUGUGUACCAAUGCAAGCACCUCUGGGGAAGGCCUGAUUGAUAUUCGAUUCGAUGAUGACAACCCAUGCGUAGAUUAUUUGCUGCAGUGCUGUUACAAUGAGGACAUUAUUGAAAAUCCUCCCACGAUUCCAUCAACGACUCCUCCGGUGGUUCCUCCAGUGUAUCAACCCAGCUGCGGUGAGCGACACAAGGACGGAGUUGGGUUCCGUAUCACUGGCUCCAAGGAAGGUGAAUCCGAGUAUGGAGAGUUCCCUUGGAUGACAGCGGUUCUCAAACUAGAGGAAGCAUUGGACACACUAGUAACGGUCUAUCUGUGUGGAGGAUCUUUGAUUCACCCUCGCGUGAUCCUGACAAGUGCCCAUUGUGUCCAGAAUAAAUCUCCAGAUCAGCUGAAGGUGCGAGCCGGCGAAUGGGACACCCAAACUCAAAAUGAGAUCUUCCCUCACCAGGAUCGUGCUGUCGUCGAAAUCGUCGUCCAUCCCGAAUUCUAUAAGGGUGGUUUGUACAACGAUAUUGCUCUGCUCUUCCUGGAUACACCAUUCAGCAUCAAUGAGGUGGUCCAAACGGUUUGUCUACCACCUCAAGGGGCGAAGUUUGACACCACCCGAUGUUUGGCUUCCGGUUGGGGCAAGGAUGUUUUUGGCAAAGCUGGAACCUAUCAGGUCAUUUUGAAGAAGAUCGAUCUGCCUGUCGUUUCGUCGCCCGUUUGUCAAGCUGCUCUGCGAAGCACUCGCUUGGGGCCUAAGUUCAGUCUUCACAAGAGCUUUAUCUGUGCGGGAGGUGAAAAAGGAAAGGACACGUGCAAGGGCGAUGGCGGUUCCCCUCUCGUGUGUCCAAUUCAAGGAACCUACGAGCACUACCAUCAAAUAGGAAUUGUGUCCUGGGGCAUCGGCUGUGGUGAGAACCAAAUACCCGGAGUGUACGCUGAUGUUGCAUAUUUCCGCAACUGGAUUGACCAGCAGAUGCAAAACCAUCAACUGGAUACCAAAUCUUAUGUAGUGGCAUAACUUUUCUAGAUAAAAAAAACUAGAUUUCAUUUUGCCAUUUUUGAAAUAAAAUUAUUCAUUUAUCUACAGCAGAACUCUGACAAAACGAAUAAAAUAUUUGAAUUUUAAA